GCCUUUGGUUGCUGGAAAGAAGAACAGGAUGGAUCUGGUGCUGAGAAAAUGCCUUCUCCAUGUGGCUGUGAUGGGUGCUCUUCUGGCUGUGGGGGCCACAGAAGGACCCAGAGACCGGGACUGGCUUGGUGUCUCAAGGCAGCUCAGAACUAAAGCAUGGAACAGGCAGCUAUAUCCAGAGUGGACAGAAAGCCAGGGGCCUGACUGCUGGAGAGGUGGCCAGGUAUCUCUGAAGGUCAGCAAUGAUGGGCCUACACUGCUUGGGGCAAAUGCCUCCUUCUCUAUUGCCCUGCACUUCCCUGAAAGCCAAAAGGUGCUGUCGGAUGGGCAGGUCAUCUGGGCCAACAACACCAUCAUUAACGGGAGCCAGGUGUGGGGAGGACAGCCAGUGUAUCCCCAAGAACCUGAUGAUACCUGCAUCUUCCCCGAUGGGAGGGCCUGCCCAUCUGGCCCUUCACCUCAGAGAAGAAGCUUUGUUUAUGUCUGGAAGACCUGGGGCCAAUACUGGCAAGUUCUGGGGGGCCCAGUGUCUGGACUGAGCAUUGGGACAGGCAAGGCAGUGCUGGGCACACACAUCAUGGAAGUGACUGUCUACCACCGCCGGGGGUCCCAGAGCUACAUAUCCCUCGCUCACUCCCGCUCAGCCUUCACCAUUACUGACCAGGUGCCCUUCUCUGUGAGCAUGUCUCGGCUGCAGGCCUUGGAUGGAGCGAACAAGCACUUCCUGAGAAAGCAACCUCUGACCUUUGCCCUCCAGCUCCACGACCCCAGUGGCUAUUUGGCUGGGGCUGACCUCUCCUACACCUGGGACUUUGGAGACAGUACUGGGACCCUGAUCUCUCGGGCACUUGUGGUCACUCACACUUACCUAGAGUCUGGCCCAGUCACUGCACAGGUGGUGCUACAGGCUGCCAUUCCUCUCACAUCCUGUGGCUCCUCCCCAGUUCCAGGCACCACAGCUGGGCAUAUGCCAACUGCCGAGGCCCCUGGCACCACAGCUGGCCAAGUGCCUACUGCAGAAGUCAUAGGCACUACACCUGCUCAGGUGCCAACUGCAGAGCCCUCUGGAACCACAGCUGUGCAAGUGCCAACUGCAGAGGGCAGAGGUACCACAGCUGGCCAAGUGCCUACUGCAGAAGUCGUGGGCACUACACCUGCUCAGGUGCCAACUGCAGAGCUCUCUGGAACCACAGCUGUGCAAGUGCCAACUGCCGAGGCCCCUGGCACCACAGCUGGCCAAGUGCCUACUGCAGAAGUCGUGGGCACUACACCUGCUCAGGUGCCAACUGCAGAGCCCUCUGGAACCACAGCUGUGCAAGUGCCAACUGCAGAGGGCACAGGUACCACACCUGAGCAGGUACUAACCUCAGAAGUCAUAAGUACCACACCUGCAGAGAUGCCAACUGCAGAGGCCAUAGGUACGACACCUGAAGUGUCAACUGCAGAACCCUCUGGAACCACAGUUGCACAGGUAACAACUACAGAGCUGGUGGAGACCAUAGCUGGAGAGGUACCCACCCCUGAGCCUGACAGUCCAGAUGCCAGCCCAUUCUUGUCUACAGAAGGUAUUACAGGCUCCCAGAGCCCCCUGCUGGAUGACACAGCCACCUUAAUCCUGGUGAAGCGACAAGUCCCCCUGGAUUGUGUUCUGUAUCGAUAUGGCUCCUUUUCCCUCACCCUGGACAUCGUCCAGGGUAUUGAGAGUGCUGAGAUCCUGCAGGCUGUGCCAUCCAGUGAAGGAGAUGCAUUUGAGCUGACUGUGUCUUGCCAAGGCGGGCUACCCAAGGAGGCCUGCAUGGACAUCUCAUCGCCAGGGUGCCAGCCCCCUGUCCAGCGGCUGUGUCAGCCUGUGCCACCCAGCCCAGCCUGCCAGCUGGUUCUGCACCAGGUACUGAAGGGCGGCUCGGGGACCUACUGCCUCAAUGUGUCUUUGGCUGAUGCCAACAGCCUGGCAAUGGUCAGCACCCAGCUUGUCAUGCCUGGUCAAGAAGCAGGCUUCGGGCAGGCUCCCCUGUUCCUGGGCAUCUUGCUGGUAUUGAUGGCUUUGCUGCUCGCAUCUCUGAUAUAUAGGAGAAGACGUACGAAGCAGGGCUCAGCUCUCCCCCUUCCCCAGCUGCCACCCGGCAGAACCCAGUGGCUACGUCUGCCCUGGGUCUUCCGCUCUUGCCCCAUUGGUGAGAGCAGCCCCCUCCUCAGUGGGCAGCAGGUCUGAGUACUCUCACGUGCAGCGUGGAGAGCAAUGCCUAUCUUUUCUCCAGUCUUCCCUUGGAGACUACCAUUGCCUGAAAUAAAGACUCAGAACCUG